CGCAGCUCCUCCUCCCACCCCUGACUCUUGGUUUCGUCCAUCACGACGACCUUUUUUUCGGCCUCGUGUCUUCUCCCUUUUAUUUCUUCUGCGCGCUGCGACUUGACCGGCGGCUGCUGCUUUGAUCGGCCGAAUUGGUUUUUGCGUCUUCUCCUUCCUUGGUUCCCUUUGUCAGCUUCUUCCCAUGAGGCAUCUUUAUUAAUUUUCGACUCCCAUCCCGCCUCCGCUCCUUCGUUCGAUACGCUCAUUUACCGGUCCGAAGCGGACAUUUUCUCCAGCCUGCCGCAGUGCCUGGUCCUCGACUCUGCUCUCCUCGCUCCUCCAGUCGCCGCAGAAUCGCCAGUCUCCCCCGCCGACCUCAUCCCUCGCCAUGGCGAAAGCGAGUGCGCGGGGCCGCAGCCCUCAACCUCCGCUUGUCGCCGAGAAGCAGCCCUUGGUGGCGCCAGUCGCAUCUGCAUCCAACAGGUCGAGCAAGGCCAAGAAGAAUGCCUCGUACAGGUCUGACGGCGUCGAGGACAACGACGUCUUCCUGCUGCCCGGGCCCGACUAUGUGGCGGCCCUGGGAGUGACCGUGUUGGCCACCAUUGUGCGUCUGUACAAGAUCUACAUGCCCACCAGCGUUGUCUUUGACGAAGUCCACUUUGGCGGCUUCGCUUCCAAGUACAUCAAGGGCAAGUUCUUCAUGGACGUGCACCCGCCCCUGGCCAAGAUGCUCAUUGCUCUCACUGGCUGGCUCGCGGGCUUCGACGGCGACUUCGAUUUUAAGGAUAUUGGCAAAGAUUACCUCGAGCCUGGCGUCCCCUAUGUCGCCAUGCGUCUGUUCCCUGCCAUCUGCGGCAUUCUGCUCGCACCCAUCAUGUUCAUGACCUUGAAAGCUGUUGGCUGCCGGACGACGACUGCCGUACUUGGUGCUGGUUUCAUCAUUUUUGAAAACGGUCUUCUGACUCAGGCCCGCUUGAUUCUUCUGGAUUCCCCCCUGGUUUUCGCUACUGCAUUCACUGCCAUGUCGUUCUCUUGCUUCACCAACCAACACGAACAAGGACCCGAAAAGGCAUUCCAGCUGAGCUGGUGGUUCUGGCUUGCCAUGUCUGGCCUCGGCCUGGGUAUCACCGCGAGUAUCAAAUGGGUUGGCCUGUUCACCAUUGCUUGGGUCGGAUCUUUGACUCUUGUGCAGCUGUGGGUUCUCCUCGGCGACAGCAAGAACGUCUCUGUUCGCCUUUGGUUCAAGCACUUCAUGGCCAGAGUAUUCUGCCUCAUCAUCAUCCCAGCCACCUUCUAUCUCGCCAUGUUCGCCAUUCACUUCCUCUGCCUGACCAACCCUGGUGAGGGUGACGGAUUCAUGAGCUCCGAAUUCCAGGCCACUCUGAACAGCAAGGGCAUGAGGGAUGUCCCUGCCGAUGUCAUCAUGGGAAGCCGAGUCACCAUCCGCCAUGUCAACACCCAGGGUGGCUACCUUCACUCUCACCCCCUCAUGUACCCCACUGGAAGCUUGCAGCAGCAGAUCACCCUGUAUCCCCACAAGGACGACAACAACGUAUGGGUCAUGGAGAACCAGACCCAGCCCCUUGGUGUUGACGGCCAGCCAAUCAACGGAACUGACGCAUGGGACAAGCUGCCAGAGGUACACCACAUCGUCGAUGGCACCGUCCUCCGCCUCUUCCACCAGCCUACUUUCCGACGCCUUCACUCACACGAUGUGCGCCCCCCGGUCUCCGAAGCCGAAUGGCAAAACGAAGUGUCCGCUUACGGCUAUGAGGGCUUCGAGGGCGAUGCCAACGACUACUUCCGCGUUGAGAUUGUCAAGAAGCAGUCCAAGGGAGCCCUGGCCAAGGAGCGCCUCCGCACAAUCGAGACCAAGUUCCGACUGAUUCACGUCAUGACUGGAUGCGCUCUCUUCUCUCACAAGGUCAAGCUGCCCGAGUGGGCCUCGGAGCAGCAAGAGGUUACUUGCGCCCGCGGUGGCAGCAUGCCCAACAGCAUUUGGUACGUCGAACACAACGAGCACCCCCUGCUUGGCGACGACGUCGAAAAGGUCAACUACGCCAACCCUGGCUUCUUUGGCAAAUUCUGGGAGCUCCACAAAGUCAUGUGGAGGACAAAUGCCGGCCUGACCGACUCUCAUGCCUGGGACUCCCGCCCCGAAUCUUGGCCUAUUCUUCGCCGCGGCAUCAACUUCUGGGGCAAGCACCACAUGCAGGUCUAUCUUCUUGGCAAUCCCAUUAUCUGGUGGUCUAGCACGGCCGUCGUGGCGAUUUGGGCCAUUUUCAAGGGCGUAGCGAUUCUCCGAUGGCAGCGCGGAUGCGACGACUACGAGAGCAGCACUUACAAGCGUUUCGAUUAUGAGAUUGGUACCUCAGUCCUGGGCUGGGCUCUGCACUACUUCCCCUUCUACCUGAUGGAGCGCCAGCUCUUCCUGCACCACUAUUUCCCUGCUCUGUACUUUGCCAUCAUUGCCCUUGCCCAAAUGUUUGACUUCGUGACGGCAAGAAUUCCGGCUGCUCUUGGUUAUCGCGGAACUCUCAUCAACCGCGUUGCCACCGUCUCCUUCCUCGUCCUUACGGCUGCCGUGUUCACUCUCUAUGCCCCUCUGGCUUAUGGUACGCCUUGGACAAAGGCUGAGUGCGUUCGCGUCAAGCUCUUCGACAAGUGGGAUUUUGACUGCAACUCUUUCCUUGAUGACUACCAGGGCUACACCCUGACCUCACUUCCGCCUUCAAGCGCUGCUCCUUCAGUGCCGGUUGUCGAUCCCGGUGUCAACCAGGCCCAAAAACCUCUGGCGGAGCCUGUUAUUUCUCAGGCAGCCGUCGUCCAGCCAGAGGUGAAGAUCCUCUCCAAGGAGGAAAAGAUCGAAUAUCGGGACCAGGACGGAAACCUGCUGAAUGAAGAGCAAGUCAAGGCCCUGGAAGGCAAAGUUGAGUUCGAAACCAAGUAUGCCACCAAGACGCGCGUCGUUGACGAGCAUGGUAACGAGAUUGCCAUGCCCGAAGGCGGCUGGCCCAGUGAGAUCGCCGGAGCUGUCGCCCCACCUCACCCUGAUGUAGAGGGUGUCGACAAGGAGACACCCAAGGUUGAGGCCGUCGAGCCCCCCAAGGACGCUGCUGCCAGUCGCGAUGGCGAGAAGGAAGCCGAACAACUCAAGGCUAAGCCUGCCAGCGAAGGACAAGAGGCCACUGAUAAGGAGGAGCUAUGAGGAUGAGCAAGUGUUGCUGUCGUUUGACUAUGGGUCAUUGCCUAUUUGAAAUUUCACGAGCGGAAAAAAAAAAUCAUGUUAAAAUUCAGAGACAGUGUCUCAGCCAAUAUUUUCUAAUUAUGCGUCGCAUUGUUAUUUAUCCUGACGAGGUCAACUAUUUUGGGGGGUUAGGCGUCUGUUUACAGGUGCUACCUUCAAAUACUCCAGCCUUUUGGUAAGGUAUGAAACACAGCUUCCAGGGAUGAUGAGGCGCUACGGGGAGGUUUUUUUGGGUGGCGAAAGGAGAGAUCUUUGCUCAUCUGGGUUUAUAUGAAAAGAAAAGCACUUUAAAAAGUAAUAGAAGAAAGUGGAGAAGGGAAAAAAAAAGAGGCAGCGAGUAUGAGGGAGAAGGACGCAGAGAAAGAGAGAGAGAGAAAGAGAGAGAGAGAGAGAGAGAGAGAGAGAGAG